GGAUCUUUCUCUGUGGUGUUUGUGUUUCCCGUGCAGUUCGCAGCGCUCACACAUGCCUCCGCUGCUGUCGUCUCUCUCCACGCUGGUCAUGUUCCUGCGCCGACAGCAGCACUCCUCGUUCCUCACGCUGUCCCGGGCCUCGGGCUCGGCAGAGGCCUGGCGUCUGCUCUGCCACUCCAGCCUAGCUCUGCUAAUCCUCUACAACCGGCACCGCGAGUGUGAGGUGGCCAAGCUCACCAUCCAGGACUACCAGGACCGAAACUCAGUCCUCCCGUCGGACGAGUCUCUUUCCCCCUUCGAGCGGCACGUGCUCUGCCACCUCACCCGUGUGGGUGUUUUAGGCAAACGUGGUCGCGUUCAACCGCUAAUCCUUCCUCCGCAUUCAGAAGCAUGUCUGGAUCUUCUCUUAAAGACGUCAGGAGAUGUAGGAGUCGAUCCUGAGAGCCCGUACGUGUUUUCCCGGCCGUAUCACUCGCCGGCUACGCCACUCCGUGGCACCGACCUUCUCCGGAGCCUAGCGCGCACUAGCGGCGCUAAAAACCCCACAACGCUAACCGCGCCCCGUGCCCGCCGCCAGGUGGCCAUCCUAACCCAACUACUGCUGCUCGAGGAGGGAGAAAAAGCCUCAGGCGCUGCUACCAAACGGUUGGAGGAUUUCCUGCAGAGGGAGUACCAUGUGACCCAGAGCUGCGCUCGGAUUGGUCAGGACCCGGCGCUGAUGAACCGCGUGGGGCGAGUGGUGUUGUACGGGGAGCGUGAGGGCGUUCUGUUCAGAGGGAUGAGUCUGCAGCACAUCUGCCUCGAGCUGGAUGUGAUGUCGGGAAACUCUGCCGACUCCUUCUCGGAGGAUUCGGAUGGGGAAGGCAAUGGGAAUAAGGAGAGAGCUGUCGUUGUAAAGAAGAGAGUAGCCAGUACUCGAGCGCCGCGGCAGAAGAAGGGAACUAGCCCGCGCGUGACACAGGCCACGCCCUCUCCGUCAGCUGGGCUGAAGAGGCGGAGCUCACAGGUCAAAUCGGGCAAGCGCGGCGUCCUGAAGCGGCCCUGGUCGGAGGCGGAGCGUGUUGCCGUGGAGACGCACCUGAAGCGCAACAUCGUGGAUCUGCGAGUUCCUGCGAAGGCGGACUGUGAGCGAUGUCUGCAGCUCUGCCCUCUGCUGGCCAGCAACCAGCGCGACUGGAGGGCCAUCAAGUUCUACUGUCACAACCGUAUACAGUUACUGAGGAAACAGGGCCGCCGCGACGGCAACACACAGUAACACACACACACACACACACACACACACCAUAUACAGUUACUGAGGAAACAGGGACACAGAGAAGGGAACACACCACAGUAACACACACACACACACACACACUGUCGUUGUUUACAUUCACUCCGUGACGCGAGUAAACAAUGACAGGUUUUAUGUUAAGUUAAGCUAUCACACAGUGCAAUGAUGUGUGUAUCGCACCCACACCUCCCACAUUCCCGUGUGUGUGUUUCUCGGACCACUCUUCCACACACACACACACACACACACUCCAGUAUUCAGACUCGAUCUGACUUUAUUUCUGGGUUUCUGCAUGGACAGUUUCUCGCGAUGACAUCACUCGUCCCCUUCGCUUCUCUCCACCGACUGCUUAUGAAACAGUGUUUGAUGAUUUGGGGCCAGCUGAGGUCAGAGGUCAGACCACGUCCAGCUCGUACAGGAAGUGCUGAGCUGGUAUUGUGUGAGGAUAAUGAAGCCUGUUCGUGUGAUCGUUGUUUUCAUUGGCUGAUUUCGGCCUCAAACGCUGUUUUUCUUUCCAUAUAGCACUUCAGCUGAUGUAGCAUUAGCAUUAGCUAACGCAUUAGUUAACAAACUAUGAGCAAUAUACUCACAGCAUGUAUGAAGUUGUGUUAAUGUUAGUUCAUAAACGAUGCUGAGAAAGUUGCAUUAACUGAUAUUCAUAAAUGCUGUGUAUUGUUUAUUGUUAAUGUUGUUAACUAAUGAACGCUUGUUGUAAAGUGUUACUUUAUCAAUAGUGAUUCUCAUUUCUGUUUAGCACUGGUUUAUUUACACAGAGGAAAUACAGUAUUCAACAUCCAAAUAUUCCGUUUUUAUUUUAUUAUUUUUUUUUUUUCAGAAUAAGAUUUUUGCAUUACAUUAAUGAUUUUUAUAUAUUAUUUAUGUUCUUGUAUGUCUGAAAAUUGUGGAAAAUUGUUUCCGGCAUGGAAUAAAAAAAAUGAAAAGGUAAUUGUGACUUUUUUUCUCACAAUUGCCAGAUUUUGGAGUUUUCAUGUCAAAUCUCUGAUCUGAGAAAGGACUUCGUUUAUUCACGCAACACUGCAUGUGGAAGCUGUGUGUGACCUUCGACCUGGACGUGUUCGGUUUAGAGUUGGAGAUCAGUCCCGCUUCAUCUGUGCCAAACGUGUGUGUGUGUGUGUGUGUGCAGUGGCGUACCCUGAUGUUAGAGGAGCUCGUGUACAUACUGUAAAUACUGACAGCAUUUUAAAGUUGUUUUCCUAACGCUGUUGUAAAGGUCUAUGAGAUUUUAGCCAGAUGAUGAUGAUGUCUUGACAGAUACUGAGGUCAAUGUCACAUUAUUGGAGUUUCAGAUUGUCAUGUGGUUUUAUUAAAUUACAAACACAUGAAAAAACA